UUCUCCUCCUCCUCAACCUCCUCCUCCUUCUCAACCUCCUCAUUCUCCUCCUCCUCAACCUCCUCCUCCUUCUCAACCUCCAUAUUCUCCUCCUCCUCAAACUCCUCCUCCUCAAACUCCUCUUCCUCAUUCUCCUCAACCUCCUCCUCCUUCUCAACCUCCUCCUCCUCAACCUCCUCCUCCUCAUUCUCCUCCUCCUUCUCAACCUCCUCAUUCUCCUCCUCCUCAAACUCCUCCUCCUCAACCUCCUCCUCCUCAUUCUCCUCCCCCUCCUCAUUCUCCUCCUCCUCAUUCUCCUCAUUCUCCUCCUCCUCAAACUCCUCCUCAAACUCCUCCUCCUCAACCUCCUCAACCUCCUCCUCCUCCUCCUCCUCCUCAACCUCCUCAACCUCCUCCUCCUCCUUCUCAACCUCCUCAUUCUCCUCCUCCUCAAACUCCUCCUCCUCAUUCACCUCCUCCUCAUUCUCCUCCUCCUCAACCUCCUCCUCCUCAUUCUCCUCCCCUUCCUCCUCCUCCUCAUCCUCCUCCUCCUCCUCCUCAUUCUCCUCAACCUCCUCCUCCUCAUUCUCCUCCUCCUCAUUCUCCUCCUCCUCCUCCUCAACCUCCUCAACCACCUCCUUCUCAACCUCCUCAUUCUCCUCCUCC